AUGGGCGGGAUUGCCGGGGUGAAGAAAAUCCUGAGGGGCGUCAGCGGAGCGGUGGAAUCAGGACAGAUUCUUGCGAUCAUCGGUUCUAGCGGCUCGGGCAAGACCUCCUUGCUCGAUGUUUUGGUUGGAAGGAUAAAUCCCAACACGAAGGGGCUGCACAUCACGGGCAAUGUAACCGUCAACGGCAAGGCGAUGUCCAAGUCCUUCUUCUUAGAGAACGCCGCUUACGUUCCUCAGGAGGAUCGCUUGUGGAGUGCUCUCACAGUCCGGGAAAACCUGAUGCUCGCGUGCAAGAUGUACAUACCUAACAUGUCUCGCGCGGAAUGCGAUCACCGAGUUGACGAGGUGUUAACCAGCCUGGGCCUGGAAAGCUGCCAGCACACCAAGGUCGGCAAUAUUUUUCUGAAGGGUAUUUCCGGCGGUCAGAAGCGGCGCACUUCGAUUGGCGUGGAGCUCGUCGUCCAGCGCAAGAUUCUCUUCCUCGACGAGCCGACGUCUGGGCUGGACGCAGCUUCUGCCUCCGGAAUCAUGGAUUUGCUGAGGCGGUUGGCGUCAGAGACGGGAGUGAUCAUCAUCACAAGCGUGCACCAACCGUCCAGCCGCGUGUUCAACAGUUUCGACCAGGUGAUUCUGUUGACGAUGGGGCAGACGGCCUACUUCGGGCCUGCGGUGGACAGCCUCGACCACUUCGCUAGCUUGGGGCACCAACCAGACGGCCUCGUCAACCCUGCCGACUACCUGCUAGAGAUCACGAACUCCGACUUCAGCGACGCCAAGGCCGUGCAGCGGCUGGCAGACGCUUGGAAAGACUCAUCGGCGUGUAAAACGCUCCACAGUCGUCUCCGUGGUCCGCUUCCACCUUCCCUGGAAGCGAAGCCCGAGGCGGGGUGGAUGUCCAACCUCCGGCAGCUUCGUGCGCUGAUCGCUAGGGCGACCAUGAGCAGUGUCAGGGAUCCUGCCGCCUAUGCCCUGAGGUACUACAAGGUGGAAAACACUCAAGAGGACAUUCUGAACCGAGUAUUUCUCAUCAUUUGGGUGAACGCCUUCAACUCAUACAUGGACAUGGCGGCCAUCCCGGCAUUCGCUCAAGAGAAGGACGCCGUGGUCAAAGAGGUUCAGAAUGGGCAGUACGGCGUGGCGAUGUUCUGCAUCGCCAACGCCAUAGUCCAAGCCCCGUUCGUACUGCUCAUCGCCAUCUGCUGCUCCACGCCCGUGUAUUGGACCACCGACAUGAACGACGACCCAACAAGGUGUUCCGUUGAUUAA